AUGUCUCAACGGGGAAAGUAUGGAAAGUGGAGCGAGACGAGCAUGCAAGAAGCCCUUAAUGCCUAUGAAAAUAAUGUUGCCGGUUUAAAUGAAAUCGCUAGGAGAUAUAAAGUUCCUAAAGCUACUCUGAAACGUAGAAUUGACGAUACAAACAAAAAUGUGCAUGGAUGCGAAAAAAAAUUCGGACGUUCUACGGAUCUUCCCCUAGAAAUUGAAAAUGAAAUAGUUAACCAUGUAUUGGAGCUAGAAAGAAGCUUGUUUGGAAUCACUCGCAAUGAUUUGCGAAAACUUGCCUAUGAUGUCGCCGAAGCUAAUGGGAUUUUACAUAGAUUUAAAAACGGUAAAGCCGGCAAGAAAUGGUAUUACUGCUUUAUGUCCAGGCAUAAAGAGCUAUCUCUUCGACAACCAGAGCCUACUUCAGCAGCGCGGGCUACAGGUUUCAACAAAGAAAAAGUCAAGGCUUUUUUUGAUUGCCUUACUUCUCUCUAUAAUGAGUACAAUUUCAGUCCAUCUUGCAUUUAUAAUGUAGACGAGACUGGCCUCUCUACGGUUUAG